AUGAUGCAACUACUUGAGAUUAACGUGACAUCCAACAACAUUACGAACUCCACCACGUGCAUGAUCUUCGAGUUUCCCUUUUCCUCAUCGCGGACGAUCUCAUCCAUCUCGGUCUCGGACUUCAGUGUGUUCAAGACUUGCUGCAGAAUCUUCCGACAUUUCCUUGCCAGUUGGAAGAUCACACAUACGCUCAGCGUCUUCAACUUUAGCACCUCGAAGCAACGUAUCUUUCACAAAGAAGUCCAACAUAUCGUAGCGCUGUUGAAGUUACCCAUUUACAAUCGGACGCUGUACGGAUCCAUCGAUCAGACCCCAAGCAUUAAAUCGAUCAUCCGUCGCGACGCGGUCGGAGACGGAGUACCAAGUAAGUCUGACAUCGAAGGCAGCGUCCACGACAUCGUCAGCGUUCACGUCUCAUACAUUGUCGGCCGCCCAUUGGCUGCUAUGCUUGCGAAUGACGGCGCUGACGUGUACAGCGCCGACAUUGACUCGCUGUACCUAUUCCGUCGCGGUAAGCUCAUCCCGAGCGAAGAGACGCAGGAGACGGCGUGUAAGAAGUCUCGUGUCAUCAUUACUGGCGUCCCCGUUAAGAGCUACAAGCUGCCGCUUGAGUGGGUGAGCGAGAACACGGUCAUCAUCUACGUCGCGUCCUUCAAGAACGUGGACGAUGCCGAGCUGCUUAAGAUAAAGGGCGUGCAGUACGUGCCACUGGUGGGUAAGGUCACGGUGGCCAUGCUCGAACGCAACCUGCUGCGUCUGUACGAGAACUUCCACUGGAAGCCGUAGAAGGUCUGGCAGUAAGAGUGUGGAUGAGGAUAGAGAGAACACCUCGCUCACCGCUAAAAUGCAUAAAUCUUCCUCGUUACAGGGAAAUUCA